CCGUGAAAUGUCUUCUUCUUUUAGAAACAAUAUCCAUUCGCAAUCCCGGCUGAAACUUUUCUCUCGUAUACAUCCUAUCCACUUUAUGGCCCAACUUUCAGCCUGGAAUUUUAAUGAUUUAAGUUUGUAGAGAAGCAUUUGAUUGAAAUCUAGGUUUAUUUCUUCCUCAGAAAACCAUUAUAAUCUGAAAAUUUAAGCUCAAGAGGAGGAAAAAUGUCAGAUUUCUUGCCUGAAGGAAUCAUCAUCAACAUCCUCAAAAGACUGCCCGUCAAGCCCAUUAUUUGCUGCAUGUGCGUUUCAAAAUCAUGGUAUACUCUAAUCACCAGUCCAGAAUUUGUUUCAACUCAUCUAAAUUUCAACAUUGCUGGCAGUGAAGUUCUCCCUCUCCUUUUACUUAGGCGUUGCAUUAGAAAAAUUGAGCGUUACGAGUUGUACUACGAUAAAGAAUCUUUUGAUCGAUAUUUAAGGCUUCAAUUUCCCUUUAGAAGCAUAAACUCAUUUUUCACAAUCAUUGGUACCUGCAAUGGGUUGUUAUGCCUUUCUGAUGAUCGGGUAUUUUAUAUGAACACUAUAAUUAUUUGGAACCCUUUUGUUAAAAAGUCGGUUCUUCUACCGAAACCCAAUAUGGUAUAUAAUUCAUACGGUAGUUUUAUGCAAUCGCUUGGAUUCGGGUUCGAUCCUGCUAGCUAUGACUAUAAAGUGGUUAGAAUUACAUACACUGAUUUGGAUAGAUGCCUGCCUCAGAUUGAGCUUUAUAAGUUGAGCACAGGGAUUUGGCAAGAUAUUAGUCAUUUGUCGCUUCAGUACGUUAUAUAUCAUAGGUCGCGCCAAGCUUACAUAUAUGGUGCUUCACAUUGGAUUGCUCGUGACUUGUAUGGAAAUGAUUUGAUUUUGUUUUUCGAUAUGUGCAAUGAGGUGUUCCAGGAGAUGAUAUUACCUGUUCAUCUGGCAAAAGAUGAUUCUUCGAGUACCAAGGAAUUAAUUAUCCAUAAGGACUCACUUGCUCUUGUUUUAUGUGAUGUACCCGGCGUCGAACAUGGUUUCUGUGUAUGGGUGAUGGAGGAAUAUGGAGUCAUGGAGUCUUGGACAAAAAAAUUCAAUGUUAAUUUUCAGGAUUUUGGAGGAAGAUUUAUGAAGCCAUUGUGGGUUAGAAAAGAUGGGGAAGUGUUAGUAAUUACAAAGGAUGGGUCUUUGGUUUCUUGUGAUUCCAAUGGAGAACAAGUUAUUGAUCUUGGAGUCCAUGGCUCAAGAUCUGAGGAAUAUCUACGCUCUAUUCACGUCGAUGGCUACAUCAAAAGUGUGGUUCUUCUAGAGAAAGGGCCUGAUUUCAGUGAUGCAGUCACUUCUAGCAAAUUGCCAUCUUUGCAGACUGAUGAUUGUGGUUCUGAUGAUGACGCUGAAAGAAAUUAGAGGCAUAGCCAUGAAGUUCAUACAUGCAAGAACAACAAAUGACUCUGAUGAUGGCAAUAGAGUAAAAUUCUUUGCAACAAGUAAUCUCAAUAUGGAUGAUGAGUAUAUAUUUGUAGAAGACAUAAUCUGUGAGCUUUGUAAUGGGAUGCAUUAUAUUGGGCAAUGCUUGUAUACAUGCACUAAUCCCUUUAUGUCCAAACUUUUGAGGUUUAAACAAUAUUUAAGAUGUCGAAAACAAGCAAUUGACAAGCUUGAUGAAUGCUACAUGCCUAGGGGCGAAUAUAUGUCUACAUACCUAGACAAUGACAUCAUUCUUAAAGAAGUUGGUCCUCCGCUAUUGAACUAGGAGGCAUUUGGAAAAUAUUAUAAUGAACUUGCUAUGUUGGACGAAAGCAAAAUAUGUACAGAAAAUUCUGUAUUCUUGGACGAAUUCAAAAGGUGGGUAUAUAGUCCUCCUGAAAUGGUUGAAAGAAAAGAAUUACCAUUGUCGGUGAAUUUAGACUAUAAAUUGACCAUUCAACACAUUCAAAUCUAUUACUUGUCAACGAUCUCGUACAUUUGCGGGUAUUACACGAAUGAGUUUUUGGCGUCCUUAUCGUGGAAUAAAGUAUUUAAUUUGAGUUUAUUAUUUUAUAUAGGAUUUGAAU